UCCUCAUAUUUCAGCCUCAUCCAUAAACUCCAAAAGAGAAAAACGUCACAGACAAAAUGGAAAUGAAUUAUGACUUGAUUAAAUGGAAUGUAAAUAGUAAUUUGAAAACAAAGAGUGAUGGGGUUUGUUGCGUAGUCACACAACAUUCCUCCUGGAUUUGAAAUUCACCAGCCACAGUACCACCCCUUUUGAAGUCCAGCCUCCCAUCCUGGCUGUUUAGCCCAAGCAGCUGCAGGAGCUCCAGGUACUUUUUUCAUCUGCUGCCAGGAUGGGAGUGAUAUGCCUGCCCAACCCAUCUCGGAUUCUAUGUUUUGCUUUUCAUCUUACCUUCAUUUUGCUUCAGCUGGCAACUGCAGAAAGAGAACUGAAGUUCGUGGUUGCAGUUUUCCGACAUGGUGACCGAUCACCUGUGGUAAACUUUCCAACUGAUUUACACAAAGAAAGUGAAUGGCCCCAAGGAUUUGGACAACUUACCAAGACUGGAAUGCAGCAGCUCUUUGAACUUGGACAGUACACAAGGAAAAGAUAUUCAAACUUUUUGAACAGCACAUACAACCGGAAAGAGUUCUAUAUCCAAACUACAGAUUAUGACCGCACCAUUAUGAGUGCCCAAUCAUACCUUUCUGGCCUCUUUCCACCAACAAGCAGUCAAAUUUGGAACCCUGAGCUUCUUUGGCAACCAAUUCCUGUUCAUGUUGUAACAAAAUCAACAGAUCGGAAGCUGCAUUUUCCUCUGCGUGACUGUCCCCGUUUUGAUGAACUUCAGAAUGAAACCCAAACAUCUAGUGAAUUUCAAAGUAGAAUACAACCAUACAUGGAUUUUUUACAAACAAUGGCAGUUAACACAGGACUUGAACUAAAUCAUCUUAAAAUCCUGGACAAUUUCCAGCUCUGGAAUACCUAUGAUACAUUGUAUUGUGAGAGUAUUCACAAUUAUUCUCUACCUGUAUGGGCCACCAAAGAUGUAGUGGACAAGAUGGAGAAACUUGCAGAAUUGGCCUUAUUAUCACUAUUUGGAGUUUAUAAAAGAGAAGAGAAAUCACGACUACAAGGAGGUGUCCUUGUGAAUAUUAUUUUAAAUAGUAUUAAGCAAGCUACCAAUUCUUCAAAAGAAAGAAAAAUGGAGGUCUACUCUGCACAUGACACCACAAUUGGGGCUAUCCAGAUUGCUCUCAAUAUUUUCAAUGGAAAACUGCCACCAUAUGCUGCUUGCCAGUUUUUUGAACUGUACCAAGACAACAGUGGGCGGUACAGCAUUGAAAUGCAUUAUCGGAAUGACUCUUCAGUGGAUCCUUACUUACUAACUCUGCCAGGAUGCACCUCUUCUUGCCCACUUGAGAAGUUUGCUGAAUUAGUUUCUCCUAUAAUAACCGAAAAUUGGUCAAAAGAAUGUGGGAAUAAAGACAGAAUGAAAGAUAUCUAUAUUGGAUUUGAUGUUGCUGUUGGCUUGUUAUUCAUUUUUAACCUUGUUCUACUCUAUCUCCUUUACCACUAUGGACGCUGCAGGCGCAGAAACAAUUACCAAGACAUUUAAAAAAGAGGUGAAGAAAUAAAAGUGAGCAGCUAGACAUCAGGCAGUUCUUUAAAUUGCUCUGGCUUGUACCCAUUAGUUUGCUCUGGCCAAAUAUAUCACCAAAGCAUAUUCAACAAACUUGAAGAGCUGAGGUUUCAGUCAUAAACACUGAGUAUCUCCAGUGAGAAACACUGUAGGAAAUGAUUAUUAAGAAUAUAAAUUGGUAGGAAGAAAGAAUUACUUCAGUUUCUAGCUUAAGGUUUUUCACUACUACCAAACAUUAUUAAGCCAUCCACUAGGGUGAAGGAGUACUAUUGCUUAUGAUUUUUUUUUUUUUUUUUUUUUUUUGCUUUUUUGGGAGUGGGAGUUGCCCUCUGCUUCUCCCUUAUCCUGCUCAAGGAGUCUUUUUUCAAAAAUCACAGAUUAUAAUACCUUUCUUACAUCUUAUAAACCACUAUUUUGAUUUUGCACAGGAAAAUGUUUUCAGUGAGCAGAAGCUGCAAUUACCGUGUGAAAAAUAUUUAUACCAGCACUUGGACAUACUGUUUUUUGCAUUUAUUCAUGCAAAUCCAUGCAUGGGUUUUCAGCUUGGCCUCCAGCUAAUAAAAGCUUGCUGCCUGUUUUUAAAGGAGUUAUAUUACUACAGCUCUCACAGAAAUUUGUAGAAAUCUGGAGGGGCUGUCACAAAAAACAAGCAUCAAGCAAGAAGCUUAGUGCAACAGGAUCUUUGUCAGUGUCCACAGAUUUGCUAAUACAGAUAAGUAAAUACACUGAAAUCUGUUUGCUGUGGCAAUGUUCCCUUCCUACUUUGCUGAGCUCCCAUUUAUGGAUGACGCUUUGCCCUACACCUCUGAGGGAUCUGUAUCCUGUCCUGCUUUGGGACACUGAUAUAAUCCUAGUUCUCUCAGCCAUGCUUCCUCCAGCUAUUGCUUUUCUCAUUAUUUUAAUAAGUAACUUCUUGUCCUGCUCAAAAUCCCUUAAGUUAGCAAUAUAUGCACUGGAAGAAAGAAGACAAUUCUGCUUUAUAUAUAUUGACCUCUUCUAUGAAGUAUAUUUUAUUUGUUUAGAUUGUAAGCUCCUAGUGGUAGGGAAUCUGUUACCAUAAUCACUCUCUAGUAUCAUAAACUACGAUUAUAUGCACUGAUAUUGUUGUAUGAAAUAGUGCCUAUUGUCAUAUGUUUCAAGGGCUGAAUCAAGAUUGUCAUCCUGCAGUCCUGCAGAGGAUACUGUGCAUUACAUUACCAUGAAGAAGCCUUUUAAAAAAUCAAGACAUUUAUACAGACAAGUACCAACAGCAAGUUCAGCCUGACAAUUGUGUGCUCAAGAUAAUGACUUCCACAUAGGUGCAGAAGUCUAGAAAAAGCUGAGAGAUGGAGCUGCUUAAGUCACAUAUAGAAUCACAUCUAUGUUUAUGCACUGUUUCUGGACUGACUUUAGCAUAUAUCUGUGUGCUGCAAUUUGGAGCAUAGAAGCUUGAGUCAGCUACUACAGAUCUACAGAAUCCCUCAGUAUUACAUCAACAGACAUAUUUCAAAUGGGAUGUAAUUAGAUGUAUGGAUAUUAAAUAGCAUAAAUCAAACAAAAUUACAAAUACUUGUGAGACUAUAGGGCUUUCCAAACAUCACUUUUUUUUCCAGCAGAGGUGUUCACCUUUUGAAGAAAUAUUUCCCACUCAGUAAAAAGCUUUCACUACUAUCCCUGACAUUUCCAUUUCAUCCAUUUUAAGUGAUGGAUUUGAUUCCUACAUGGUAAAGAUCUUUUGUUGUAUAACAACUCAGGGUAAAGUACUCAAAAAAAAAAAAA